GGGGAUGCCCUAGCGGAAUCAACGAAUAGCGGGAAACAACGCGCAUGACGCAUUGUCAGUAUGAGAAAAUCGAAUGUUUUAAUAUGUGAAUUUUUGAAAAUCGAAUAUGGUUUAAAUUCGAUGCACACUAUUCCACAAUGAAUUGGAAGAGGUGGGCUGCGAGUGAAAGGCCCCAGGUCUCUUCAAAUAGCCAAACAAAAUGAGGCUACUUAAUUGUGAAGAUGCCAAAUAGCGAAGGUUCUGUGGUGGUGUUCAAAUGUGGAUCAUUGCAGCAUGCUCAGGAAAGUAGCAGAUAUGCAGCACAGCAUCUGGACUGAUCAUUACCCUGAGAAAACACCACAUCAAGCUGAGAGUGACAGUUUUGUAAGGCCUAUCCCUAGCAAAACAGAGAGAAUAAAAGGACUCAACAGCUACAGGACACCAGGAGUGCCUGUUACUUGUGCUAAUCUACCCGUGCAAAGUAUCUGAAAGCACUGAGGAUCAUCGAGUUAUCUCUGGUCAUGUUAAGAAAAAUGCUCAAGUGGAUGAUUUCUACACUCAUGGGACUGACCAGAGAUCUACCCACCCAGGUUGUGUCUCUACAGUGGUGAAGAAAAUGUAUGAGUCCUCAAAAGGAUCACCAAUCUGAAAUGGGGGUGAUAGCAGCACGCAGCAAAUCCAUAUCUGCCUUUGAACCAGAGACCAACUCGGGAAAAGAUGCUGAAGCAGUUCAUCCCCGACCAUCAUACUCUGGAUCGAGCUCUGGUUCCAAAGAAAGGCCCAGCAACAAUGGAUGGUGUAACGGGGUACAAGAGAGGUGCAAAAUGGAACAUUGCUACCUACAGAAGAGAUGAAGAGGCCCCAAAUCUUAAAUUAACCGUGGCUCAAAGACAGGAGUUGAAAGGCCUCCCACUUCCCGUUACCCAGCGACUUCCUGUUACCCAGUGUGUGAGUGAACUUGCAGCUCAUCAACGAAUUAAAAUGACCUUUUACAGAAGAAGAGGGGCUGGGAUGGAGCAUGUGACAUAUACUGUGUUUCUUCAGUUCUUAAUCAUCACCACACUAUUUCAAGACUCUGAUGGAAGCUGUUCAGCCUGCAAUGACGACGGAUGUGCAAAAGUGCAGACAAUAUAUGGAUCGAAUGACACCAUAGUGUAUCAGAGAAGUAACCCCAUCGAAAACCUCACAAGUUGUUCCACCACCUCUGCACCACCUCCUCAGAUUCGGAGUUGUGUUUUGUGUCUUGCUGAUAUCAGAGAUAUAACCCUCUUUUGCUCAGACAGCUGGGAAGCAGCUGGGCCGCUCGACUGGGAGGUUGAUGGCAUCCGAUUGAAAAACAUCUUUAUGGUUGACUGCCCAGCCAUGAAGACUGAUCGUGAAACAGAACUUAUCCCUGGUGAUAUUUCUGGUACCCUCAACCCUGGUGGAAUUGCCGUUAUUGUGGUCUGCUGUGCUGGGAUUGGCAUCGUGUCAGUGUCAAUCUGUUUCUAUUAUCGCAAGAUUGAACGCGAUCGUCAAGAGAGGAGGCCUGAAGCUCUGUAGACAACAAAAGUUUGAGGAACAUGCAGCGGAGCAUUUGGGAGAGGAACAGUGAAGCAUUCUACAUUUUCAAACAAACAUGUCUUAUGAGUUGUUAACACUAGUAGAAACUACAAAUUGUAUCGUUUGUGCUGGACACUUCUAGAAGGGGUAAAAGGUUACAAUGAUAGUGCAUGCCUUUAGAAACAUUUUCUUUCCUAUAUGUUUUCCAUAUGCUUUACCUACAGUUGAAGUCGGAAGUUGACCUACACCUUAUCCAAAUACAUUUCAACUCCGUUUUUCACAAUUCCUGACAUUUGAUCCUAGUAAAAAUUCCCUGCCUUAGGUCAGUUAGGAUCACCACUAUUUUAAGAAUGAUGCUGAAUGAAGAAUAAAGUGAUCCUGUAAAUUGAGCUCGGUGCAUUUUAAACCCUGUCAUUUGUAGUUCUAGACAGCUGCCCACAGGGAGAGAUGCAGUCUAGAGGCAUGGUGGAUGCUGUUUGAUGAGAGCACAUGGCUAAUAAAGUUUGAAAGCUGUAAUGGUAAUAAUUCUAAAGACGGACGCCUGCCUUUUGUGCUGCACUGCUUUCCGUUUCUUUGUUUUUCCAAUUUUAACUGUUUUUUAAAAGUAAACAGUGAUUGAUAAGAAUAGUAAAGAAAUCACAAAAGAAUAAGAGAAUAUUCUGGAACUUGUGAUUGCAAACAGUUUUUGUGGAUAAAACCAUGCUUGUCUUUUUUUAAAUUGAACCUUUAUUUUAACAGGGAGUCACAUUGAGAUUAAAAUCUCUUUUACAAGAGAGCCCUGUACAUAUUACAAUAAAAACAGAAUAUUAAAACAAUUCAGCACACAAUUAACAAAAAUAAACAUUUUAAUAAAAACAAUCACAUUUAACUACA